GUUGUGGUUUGCCUUGGAGUUCUCUCUGAAUUUGUAAAAUAAAGGCAAGAGCUCGAGAUUUGGGCAGAGGGAGGAGUCGGGAGCGAGAGGGGAGGAGUCAGGAGAGGGGAGGAGUCAGGGGAGGAGAAAAGAAAGAAUCAGGAGAGAGUCGUCGCGGGAGAAGGAGAAGCUGGAGACCUGGCAAAUAAAAGGUUUCGAGGUCCAGGUGCAUCUCUGUGUGACCCACCGUGCUCUAAGACGACCUCCACAGCUGCCCUGCUCAACCAGUGGAACUGCGUAUCCAGCUGCUCAUAACAAGAUGGCUUCACAGAGCUGCCAGAGGGGCCCGGAGAAUGCACACAUGCACCCCAAGGGACCAUGUUGUUCUGCUCUCUGCUUUCUGUGUAGCCUGGGCUCUUCACCACAUGGCAGCAGCCUAGGACCACUCAGGAAAUGUGGAAGACGGAGCAAGCCAGUCCAAUCCAGCCCGGAGGGCUCACGAGUGGCAGAGUGGCCCGAUGGCUUGCUGAGUUUACUGUUGCUUCUGUGGAGCCUGCUGCCCUCAGCAGGUGGACUGGAAUUGGAGAUGGCAGGAACCACUCAGAUAGUAUUCCUACAUGAAGAUGUCACCAUACCCUGCAAAAUCCUUGGCUCCCUGCACCUCGACCUCAGUAUUGUGGGAGUCAUCUGGUCUUUGAAGAAGGACGGGGAUGAAUCUGAGGUGUUUAAGUUUUAUGGAGAUCAACUAGAGGCAGUCCGGCCUGGAGCCAACGUGUCCUUGUUGGGGCUAGAACAUGGAGAUGCCUCACUCUACCUACCCAGGUUCGAGUUAUGGGAAGCAGGAGAAUACCAAUGCAAGGUCGUGGUGACCCCUGAAAAGAAAGAGGGGACAACCAGGCUAGAAGUCGUUGGUCUGUUCAGAUUCAACGGAACUAAAACCGCUUGACAACCUUUAGCAACUUCCCUGUUUGUCUGAACUGAAGAGGGCUUUUCUGUCCACAGAGGUAAGAGUAAUCUACCUAAAGACUUAGAGGAAAGAGUCUGGGAACAGCCUGCUGUAAACAAACUUAGGAAUUCUCUACCCCAGCCGUCUCCACUGAAGGGGACGCGAGAGGAUGUCCGAAAGAGGAGCUCAGUGUGAGCUGGGGCGCCGCGACCUCAACUCAGAUUCAGCUUUGUCUCUUCCGACCUGGGAGAGCAGACCGAACAUGCUGUAUCUUGGAGUGAAGUCUUCCAUGUAUCGCCCAGGACAGGGUCUCACUGAGUUGCUGAGAAGGGCUUGGGCAUGAGCUGAACUCUUAGCUUAUUCUUCUGCUCACACCAACCUCACUGCAGUGCUGGUCUCACUUCCUUCUGCCUUCAAUCCCAUUGCACCUCCCUCGGGGUCCUCGGGGCUGGGUCCUUGGACAUUCUCUGUGUAGGUUGUCAUGCACUUGGUAUUCGCUGGCACUCCCUGUGCUCUUUGGGGUUCCUGAAACUCUCAAUUGAUGCCCUUUCUUUUUUUUUUUUUUUUUUUUUUUUUUUUUUUUUUUUUUUUUGGGAGCUGGGGACCGAACCCAGGGCCUUGCGCUUCCUAGGCAAGCGCUCUACCACUGAGCUAAAUCCCCAGCCCUUGAUGCCCUUUCUUAACGUGAGUAUCCUUCCCCCCUACGACUGUGUUCUUCAAGUCUUGGCUUAUCUUUUUUUUUUUUUCUUUUUCUUUUUUCCGGAGCUGGGGAUUGAACCCAGGGCCUUGCACUUGCUAGGCAAGCGCUCUACUGAGCUAAAUCCCCAACCCCUUGGCUUAUCUUUUUACUGCGUCACUUCUACACAGAAGUGUUGAUUUUUAAAUUGUUUUAGCAAUCCCAAUGUACUGUUCUUUCCUUAAUAGUUCAUAGUCUCACGUUAUUUCCUUAUUUGGCUUUUUGGAAAAUGGUUUCAGGUAGCCUAGGCUGGUUAGCACAUGCUGUGUAGCUGCCACUAGCCUGCAGUGCUCUUCCUCCAGUCUCCAUCUCUGGUGUUGCAGUUUGUGCCUCCACAGCAGGCCUUUUGUUUUGUGUGUUGUGUCAUUAGUGUCACAGCAGCUUUCCUGAAGGUUCCUUCCCGAAGGUGCUCCUGACACUUCUGAAUCGACCUGGGAUGGCCUCCCUACAACAUCUCUCUACAGCGAACAUGCUAAGCACCAUAUAAUGGUGUCCGCUAGCGCUGUGCUCACUCACUGCCUUUUCGGAUUCUCGAAACUGCUUGAUGAUAAUUUCAUGAAGUUUGCUUGGCAAGAUUGCUGUGCAGACGGGGGCCACUGCGUGUCAGCAGUCUGCUGGUGCUGCCAACAUGUCCCACGCAUGUUAAUUAAGCCGUGUCCCAAUGUGUUCACUCACCUCUCCUUAACUCUCCUCAGGGGUUAAACAUGUUGAAGAGAGCUCCUUUGUCUCCUCCAGGGAGCCCCCAGUUUCCUGUGGUAAAGUAAGAGGUCUGCAAGGCUGUUGCUGAGGUAGACGCCUCUGUGCUGUGAGGAGAGAAACAGGUAGUUGGCUCUGGCUGACCUGUAGUUUUCUUUUCUGACAGCUCACCCUAACAUGAG